AUGGCAACGCCAAAAACGAAGACAGGAGUCAAAAUCAUUGUUGUUGGCGCCGGCUUUGGAGGACUGACAACUGCAAUUGAGUGCCAUCGACAAGGUCACGACAUUGAGGUUUAUGAAUCAUUCCCUGAGCUGAAACAAUUGGGGGACAUCAUAUCCUUUGGUGCGAAUGCUGGCCGCAUCUUUCACCGUUGGUCCAAUGGAGCCGUCGUCUCCAAGUUGAAACCGCUUUGCAUCGAUCUACAAGAAUACGGCUUCCGGAUUCACAAGUGGGACACUGGUGAAGUUGUUCUCACUCAGAAAAGACCGCCUGUAGAUCCCGAAGCACCUGUCCUCAAUGGCCACAGAGGAGAACUGCACGAGGUCAUCUACAAUUAUGCGAAGGAUGAACUAGCGAUUCCAAUUCAUCUUGGCCAACCGGUCACUGACUACUUCGAGGACCAAGAUACUGCAGGCAUCCACCUGCAAGACGGGAGCAAGGUUUCAGCUGACGUCGUCAUUGCUGCGGAUGGGGUCCGAUCCAAAGCGAGGGAACUAGUUCUUGGCCACAAAGAUAAGCCACAAAGCAGCGGAUAUGCGAUAUGGAGGGCAUGGUUCUCCGCCGACGCCUUACUGGCAGACCCUCAAACCAGACAAUUCUGUGAGAAUGGCGAUACCUUCAAUGGCUGGAUAGGCCCAGACGCCCAUUUCCUGUUCUCUACUCUGAAGGGAGGUCGAGACUGCUCUUGGGUACUAACACACAAAGACGAAUACGACAUCGAUGAAUCAUGGUCCUUUCCCGGUAAGAUGGAGGAUGUUUGCCGCGCACUCGAGGGCUGGGACCCCAUGUGCCGAGUAAUCGUCGAGAAAACUCCGUCACUGGUGGAUUGGAAGCUCA